GUGGCCAGAUGGAGCUCUGCUUUGAAGCGGCUGAAAGCUGCGCUCAGUUUAUCAGACUCGGUCAGGGUAACAAUGGGUCAACAACCCUCUGCGUUCUGCCUGUAAGAACAGGUCCUCAGCGUAAGGGUUUUCUAUGAAGCUAAAAGUCAGGAGGAGCCUGCAACCUCUUCAAGGAGGUGUCCUGUUUGCAUCUGGGGAUCUGCAGAUGUACAUGGGCUUCUAUUUCACUGGUUAUACCACCAGCAAGCUUGAUAGAAUGAGGGGCUACAGCUCUCUGAAGAGGAUGUGAGGCCUUGUCUUCUGUAUAGAACUCCCACCACUGUCUGUGAUCUGGUAUUGGACACAGAGGGAAUGGGCCCAGCUUCACUGCAGGACCAGGGGGAACUGGCAAGAGACUCCAAGGAGGCGAUGGAGAGCUACCGCUGCCUUCUUCAGGCCAGCUCCCAGUUAGAGAGCAUUCUACAGGAGGUGAGUGUCCCUGUGAGCUUGAAGGAGGUGGGAGGCUAUAUAGAGAGUCAGGUGGCGUACUUAUCAGGGGGCCGUGGGGAAGACUCCAGUGUCAUCAUCACUCUUCCAGAGUGUUCUGCAUUCAGUGACAUUCCAGAAGAAGCUUUAACCAAAGUCUUUACAUACCUCACUCUCAUCCCUCGAACGAGGCAACCAGGAGUCAAAUUUAUCAUCAUUUUAGAUCGAAGGCUGGAUACCUGGGCGUCCAUCAAAACAGCUCUGGCCAGAAUAGCAGCCUCCUUCCCUGGGAACCUUCACCUGGUCUUGGUGCUCCGACCCACCAGCUUUUUCCACCGAACCGUCACAGAUAUCGGCUUUCGCUUCAGCCAAGAUGACUUCAUGCUGAAGAUGCCAGUGGUGAUGCUGAGCUCUGUCACAGACCUGCUGCGCUACAUUGAUGAGAACCAGCUUACAUCGGAGUUUGGAGGCACUUUGGACUACUGUCACAGCGACUGGAUCCUUUUAAGAACUGCAAUUGAGAGCUUUGCUGUUACGGUCAAGGACAUCGCCCAGAUGUUGCAAAGCUUUGGCACUGAGCUGGCAGAGACAGAGUUGCCCGAUGAAGGGAAAAUCAUUGAGAACCUCCUUGAGACUCACACAGAGAAGUACAGAGAGCUCAAAGAUGCCAUCAGGUCAGUUUCAAAGGAGGGUCGCAACCUUCUCUCCAGCUUGGAGACCACAGGGAAGCAAGAUGACGCCCAGUGGGACAUCAAGCUGGACUGGGAGACAGUAGAGAGGCUUCUUGCCCAGCUCAGAGACAUGGAGUCUGCCUUUGACGGCUUCUUUGAAAAACAUCAUCUGAAACUCCAUCAGUACCUUCAGCUGCUCAGAUAUGAGCAAAGCUUUUCUGAGAUGGACUUGUGUCUGGAGCACCUCAUGAAUCAGGAGAAAGAGUUUUCCACAAAGGUGAGCACUUUGGCCCAGACAGAGCAGGCUCUCAAAAGGAUGGACAGUCUGGAAUCUAAUGCACAGGAGGUGAUGUCUCGAGCUCAGAUCCUCAUCCUCCACGGACACCAGCUGUCAGCGGGUCACCACUAUGCCAUGGCUCUCAUCAUGCAGCGCUGUAACGAGCUGCGUCACCGCUGUGAUACGCUCUCCACUGCUCUCCAGAGCAAACACUCUAUUUUCCUGCAAACACACCAGCUGCUGUUGUGUCUUGGACAGGUCCAAACAUGGUGUGAUGAAGGGGCUUACAUGUUGGCCAAUCAGCUAGUAGAUAAGUCCCAGUCCAAGGAGGGGGCCCAGGCAGCUUUAAGAGACAUCGAGAGGUUCCUAGAAGGAGCGCCGCCUAAUUUAAACUCAGGUCCUGACAUCUUGACCAUUGAGUAUGAGGCUGUCUUAACACCUCAGCUUCAGGCCCAGAUUAGCAGAACGUUUGAGAAGCACGCUGCAGUGCAGCAGAUGAUUCAGAACCGGCAGGCUUGUCUGAGGAAGCUGGCAGAUAAACACGUGAGACCAAUCCAGCUGGUGGCCCCCAGACCUGAAAACCCACCACGUUCCAAAUCCCCACUCUUCUCUCCAAAGCAUGGUGAUGGUUUGAAGUUCACGUUUGACAUCUCUCUUCCUGGAAAGAGAUCUUCACGAAAGAGUCCCAACCCCAGAAAGAUAGAGGUCAUCCAUGACUUCCAGGAGAGUCGCAGCUGCGUGGCGUACAGCGUGGAUGGAGACGACAGUCCGGACCUUUUGAAGCGCCACGUCAUGAGGGAGCUGAUAGAGACUGAAAGGAUCUAUGUGGAGGAGCUGCUAGCAGUGCUCCUGGGAUACAGAGCUGAAAUGGACAACCCCAUGCUGUCGGGGCUCCUCCCACCAAUUCUGCAUAGCAAGAGAGAUGUACUCUUUGGAAACAUGCCAGAGAUCUACAAUUUUCACAGCAGGGUUUUCCUUCAGGAGCUGGAAGGAUGCCUGGAGGCUCCAGAACGCGUUGGAGCAUGUUUUCUCCAACGGAAAGAAAGCUUCCAGAUGUAUGAAUGUUACUGUCAAAACAAACCCCGAUCCGAGUCACUGUGGAGACAGUUCUCAGACUGCAGCUUCUUUCAGGAGUGCCAAAAAAAGCUAGAGCACAAGUUGGGCUUGGACUCUUACCUGCUGAAACCCAUCCAGCGCCUCACCAAAUACCAGCUGCUGAUUAAGGAGCUGCUUAAGUACAGUUCAGACUGCGAAGGCACUUCUGAGCUGCAGGGGGCGCUGACGGCCAUGCUGGACCUGCUCAAAUCAGUCAACGACUCUAUGCAUCAAAUUUCCAUCACAGGAUACGAAGGGGACAUCUGUGAGCUGGGCCGGGUGCUGAUGCAGGGCUCUUUCAGCGUCUGGAUCAGUCAUAAGAGAGGUCCCACACGCAUGAAAGAGUUGGCUCGCUUCAAACCUAUGCAGAGACACCUCUUCUUGUAUGAGAGAGCUCUCCUGCUGUGCAAACGAAGGGAGGAGCAUGGAGACGGCAUCGACAAGACCCCCUCAUACAGCUUCAAGCACUGCCUGAAGAUGACUGCUGUGGGGAUCACGGAGAACAUCAAGGGAGACGUGAGGAAGUUUGAGAUCUGGUACAGCGGCAGGGAGGAGGUUUAUGUGGUCCAGGCUCCUUCAGUGGAGGUGAAGAUGGCCUGGCUCAAUGAGCUCCGCAAAAUCCUGACCCACCAGCAGAAGCUGCUUAGAGCUGAAGCAUACCAACAUGGCCAGGUGGUUGAACACAUCCCGCUGUCUCCUCAUCUUAACGAGAGCAGCAAGCAGCAGAGAUUAUCAGUCAGCUCAGAAGAGACUGAAUCCGGGAAGAGCAGCCCAGACCCCCAACCACACACCCCCAAACACCAGCACAACCGCAGGAGCUGGCCCGGAGCUCACCACUCGGUAGACAUCUGUGAGGGUCUGGAGGACUGGUCUGGAGAUCAGGACGUCUUUCAACUGACUGAGGACACCUCUUUGGUGCAACUGUCUCCAGGCAGAUACCGGGCUUUGGCUGAUUGUUCUCAAAACGGUCCUGACAGCAUCAUCAUCAAAUGCGGAGACAUGAUCCAGCUGCAGUGUGAAGACAGCAGGGGGCGCUGGCUUGUGAGGAAUUUGAGUCAGCAGCAGGAGGGCUUCAUAGUGGCUGCCAACCUGCAGCUGGUUAUUGGAGGCAGCAGCCGAGAACAUCCGUUCAGGCUUGGGGACCCGGGGCACCUCAAGGUGAGAAAGCUGAGCUCCCCAUAGAGAUAAAAUCCUAGAAACUCACGUCUAUGUGUGGAGGAUGAACUGUCUGAAGGAAAAGACUGACUCACAACUGAAGGAGCACCCCCUCACAUACUUCUGGAUAUCCUCUGCGCACUUCAAAGACAUAACAUUUAAAAUCAGCAGCCUUGUGAUUCUCCCUCGGCUCUACCUGACAGUCUUUUAAAGAACGUUUUCUGCUGGUGAAGGAGCGUGUCGUUUCGGACAAACACUAGACUGAACUUGCAUCUGUCUUUAGCGGCUGGCAGUUGUCGUCUUGUCCUUCAUCACUCUGAAGUUCUGCUGGGCCACCUCACUAACUGUUGCAGAGACAUAACCCAGGAUUUGCCUGAAACAUUUCUUAGAAAGAGACUGUUGUACAUAUGGUGUCAUUUUUACAUUGAACAAAUCACAUUUUAAUUGUUUGUUUUCUUUUUUUUUGUUUUUGUUUUUGUUUUUUUGCAUUAUCCAUUUUUCUGAACAGGUCGAGAGUUAAAAUGCCAAAAUGUGCCAUGCCAUAAUGCCUUUUUAUCCCUGCUCUUAUAGGGUCUCUUGUAUGUUUGUAAAAUCAAAUGCUCUGUUUGCUUUUCAGCUGACCUCGAGAACAUUCAGUAGGCACAUUAUUUGCUUGAAAUCCACAGCCUGUCUGAAUGUGUUCUCUGCUAGCUGCUCUACAAACUCUGUCUGCUGUCGACUCUUCGUGGUUUGCUGUGUUGGGGUGGGGAAACGCGUCCUGUGUGGAAGCAGGAAGCAGCUGACACGACCCUGACGGUGAUGUAAGACACAAAAGAACGUGACAGAAUCUGAAGUGCCGGAGACGAACGAGAUGUUGCUUCAUUUACCAUGAGUAUGGUCUCAGAGCUUUCUGUCAGCGCAGACUGGAAGGAACAAGAUGGGGAUGCUGCGUCUCCUCAGUCACCACCCAAACACAUCGGCUCCUCCUCAAGAUUAGGAUCUUCACAUCCUCAUUAAAAAAGGAUCAUACAACAUACAUGAAAAAUACAGAACACUUAGUUAAAUAUUGAUUUCAGCCUUAUAUGAUUUACCAGAUCAAAUCGAGACCCCUGUUGGAGGGCCGCCUUUGAUUCCCGCCCCUUUGAUGUGGAAAUGAGUCCAGAAAGCAGCAGGGGCCACGCCGCACCACUUUAACUGCUCAAUUAUUUAUUUAGCUCCCCCGUUGUUCCUUCAUUUCAUGGGACAUCUACAAUAUUUACAUCUCCACAUAUUUACAAACUCACUGUCAAUGUUUUUUUGUUUUUUUUUUGGCUCUCAUCGUCACAGUCAAAUGUUGUCAAGUCAAUCCAAAAUGCUGCAGAUUUUGCACAGACGUUUUUUCCAGUGGUGGAAAUCGAACAUACCAUACAAAUAUGAAACUUUGAGGAUCUUUAUGAGCCAAGUAGCUUGAGCUUGCUGCUAAACUUUUUUGCACGCCGGCUGAAUGAUGAGCUGGUUCUUGUAAGGCAGUUUCCUGCUCUGCUCCUUUUCCAAAGCUUUAAAAUGUAAUCCGACAAAAGGAAGAUGUUGCAGACUUUUGUUUUUUUUCUUUCAUUGAGCAGCUCCGAUAAUUAAAAGAUUGAACGUAGUUGGAUAAAACCUUGUGUUUUAGACAGUAAAACUAUGCAAGAAGUCUUUGGAUUCUCGGACAUUACCUCAGUUACAAAUAAAAAAUACUCUCCUGGAGUUAAAAGCGA